UUGCAGUUAAUUCCACUUAUUACAACAUUAGUGUCAACAUUAGGUCUUCGAAAUUUUCAUAGCCAAGAUGAUAUUUGGGAUAUCUAUUCACCACUUAAUGGCCGUUCACGUAUUGAAGAAAAAGCAUUACAACGUUUUGAACAUGCCAGCAGUUCUCAUCAUUACAGGAUACAAAUUUUGGUAAACAAAAAAGAUGGUGGCGAUUUGAUGAAUGAAAUGUCAAUUAACGAAAUGUUAACUGUACAUAAAUUUGUGGUAGAAAAUAUUACUGUUACUGAACAUAACAAAGUUUAUGGUUAUAAAGAUUUUUGUGGUGUUUAUUGUAACGACAGCAAUGCCAUUGUUCUUGCAUUUGUACAGGCAGUAGUUGAUAUUAAUGGUCGAACAACUUCCAUACAAUUAACAUAUCCAAAUGCACAAGCACUUCAGAAACGUCUAUUUGUUGGGUAUUCACUUGGUGACCUACAUUUUUCAUCGUUUGAUCCAACAGUUGUUGACGGUUUUAAACUUUUUGUUUUACAUUUUAUGGUAGAUUUAAGUAUUCCACAUGGUCGAGCAAUAGCUGAAAAAUUUGAGGAGAAACUAAGAAUAGUUUUUCAAACAGCAACCAGAGAAUCAGCGAAUUUGGAAUUUGGUUUAUUAAGUCGUAACAGAGAGUUGGAGGAACAGAGACGAAUUUCACUGGUGUCGCUUCCAUACCUCGGUGUUACAGCUGCUGUUUUAACACUAUUUAUGAUUAUCACCCUUGUGAAUUUUCCAUUGUAUAAAAGUCAACAUAUCGAAGCAGUAGUUGGUGUUCUGUCACCAGCAAUGGCUCUUAUUACAACAGCUGGUUUUUUGUGGGGAAUUGGUUAUCCGUUUUCAAACAUUCUUACUGUUGUUCCAUUUUUGGUUGUAACAAUUGGAAUUGAUGACGCUUUUCUUAUCCUCGCCGGAUGGCGUCAUUCAAGUUCAAUAAGCACAUUUGAAAAACGAAUGGGUGCAACGUUGGCCAAAUCUGGAGCUAGCGUUACAGUUACAUCUGUAACCGAUGUAUUAUGUUUUGCAGUUGGCUUAAUUUCAAAUUUGCCUGUUGUUCAACUUUUCUGUAUCUAUACAGCAUUUGCGUUAACUUUGGAUUUUAUUUAUCAGCUGACAUUUUUUACAUCUGUCGUUGCCUAUUGUGGCAGAAGGCAAAUGAAAUUGGAUGAGAAAAGACGUUAUGCAACAAAUAAUUUGCUUGUCGAACAGAAAGGAAUAUUAAAAAAAAUAUUCAAAAAAAUUACUCGAUUUGGCGCAGCUGUAGCUGAUGAAAAGGGAAAACGCAGUGUUGCUCCAGCUGAAAACAUGGUUACUGGAGACUUCUUUAAGCCUCAGAUACCAUUUAAGAAUGAACAACGUAGCAGGCUUUUGCAAUUUGUUGACUUCUUACAUCAUUCUGCAACCCGAACUGUCGUUAUGGCUAUAUUUAUUGGGCAUCUUGCUGCGUCAACGUAUUUGUGCACGUUGGUAAACACAGAUUUCGAGAUGGAAAACCUUUAUCUGAAAGAUUCACCAUUAAAUUCAAUUUCAAGAAAAAUGCAAAAGUUUGUGCUGAAUGAAUCAUUUGUUGUAAAUUUUGCAUUGUAUCCGAUGCCAAAUUUUGGUGAUCCAUUCAUACGUGAAACAUUUAACAAGAUGAUCACGGAUCUGGAAACUAUUCCAAAAUACUCUCGAGGAGAACUAGGAACAAACGUUUGGGUUCGAGAGUUUACAGACGCAGUUACUUUUUGGGGCGAAGAAGGUGAUUUUUGGAAACAAGACGAAUUGUUAAAACACUUUCGAGAAUAUGGAUUGGAUGAAAAUUCUAUUACAACAAGUUUAAAAGCUGAUGGUACUGAGAUAAUUUCUGGAUUUACGUGGACUAUUGCAUACCAUAAUAUGCAAAACUUUUUGGAAGUACAAGACCUUGUCGAACUACGACGCAAAGUUAUUGCAAAUUACUCUGAAUUUUUCCAAGUUAGUUCUCACCAUCCGUUGGAGAAGGUGCCAACUGAGUCAGCAGCCAGCGCUCCAGCCAAUUUUUUGCAGACUGCAGGCAAGUUCUCUGCAGUAAUUUUGAUGUCAGUAUUAGUGUUCCUCUUCGUUCUUGACUUUGGAGCAAUCGUUGCUGUAGUGUUAUCAAUUCUUUCAAUCUGUAUUGGUACUGUGGGCUAUUUACAUUUAUGGGGUGUUCACCUCGAUGCAGUAUCACUUAUAAGUAUGCUUAUGAGCAUAGGGUUUUCUGUUGACUACAGCGCUCAUAUAUGUUACCAUUUCUUUACUCAAAAUAAGCCUAAUGAUACCAAUUCGAAACCAACCAAAAAAAGUUCUUCAAACGGUAUUUCUAUUAUUGUUGGAAGUGAAACAUCUUCAAAAAAUUCCAAUAUUCACAGUUCGUCGUCUCGUAGAACUGAUACGCGGACAAGGUUGGAAACCACCUUCAAAGGCGUUGGGUGGCCGGUAAUGCAAAGUGGUUUCAGCACUGCCUUAGGAAUGAUUCCCCUUGUUCUGAUUCGAGCCUACGUAGUUGCAGUAUUUUGGAAAACAGUACUCUUAGUAACAAUAUUAGGAAUGUUUCAUGCUCUAUUUCUGUUACCAGUAAUAUUUCUAAUAUUCAGUGAUCUUUCUUACCACGUAAGACGAAUAUUUAGGUGA